AUGCCUCUUAGGGAGUUAGAGUGUCCAUUGUGGGUUUCUAUCGCUAAGGAGCACGGGAUUUUUGCAUCCAAGAUUUAUCAAGGUUGUGUUCUAGAGAUUUUUGGGGUGCUUUAUCCGAUUGAUUUGAUUCCUAUCCCCAUGGGGGAUGUGUGUGUGAUAGUGGGGAUAGAUUGGCUGAGCAGGCUUGGUGCUAUGAUAUACUACGAGGGCCAGCAGGUGGUGGUUCGAACCCAUAGUGAGGGAGAAUUGGUUAUGCAUGGAGAGGGUACCAGGAUUGGGUCAGCCUUUUGUUCUGCUGCCAGGGUUCAACAGUAUAUUCAACAUGUUUGUAUGGGUUAUCUUGCCUAUGUGGUUAAUACUCGGGUUGGGAAGCAGGAUUCUGUUUCAGAUGUGUUAGUUUUUAGAGAUUUUGUUGAUGUGUUUCCAUACGAGUUACUCGGUUUUCCUCCCAAGAGGUGGGUUGAGUUUUGGAUUGAAUUAGUUCCAGGUGCGGCUCCGAUUGCCAAAGCACCAUACCGAUUGGCACUGCCUGAGAUACAUGAGUUGUCCUCUCAUCUUCAGGAGUUUUUGGGAAAGCAGUUCAUCAGAUCGAGUGUGGAUCACCGAUUUUGUUCGUCAAGAUAA